AUGUGGGAAGAGAUCGUGUUUAUCCUUGGCAACUCCAUUCAGCAGAGAAACUACCCACUUAGCAAACGUGCUUCCCCAACUGCUGUUCAUCUUUUGCCUAUAAAAGACAUGAACGUACAGAGGACAGGGGAGGAGAAAAAGAAAGGAGGUGUGCUGCAGAAAACUGUAAGAAGGCAGAAGUCUGGAGAGAAAACGAAGAGGCUGCUGGGAUUCUGA